AUGGCAUCCAAACAAGAAGAUGGUAUGACCCAAGGUACAUCAGAGUUCUCUCCGGCCCCUUCAACUUGGUACCUUCGUCCUCCUGGAGAAACACCGGCGGAUGCCCGGAAGGACAAGCACCCAGAUAUCAGUCAACACAAACACAAGGGAGAAGAAUGGGAGGAAUCGGAAAGUUUUGCUGACUGGAUUCUCAGGAUCUGUAAGGAGAUCCCAAGACAUCAGGCGCGCUCAAGAGUUGAAAGGACACUAAGGGGGGCAGACAGCUGGUACCGCGGCCUCACCGCUGGCAGCCAUACCGACGGCCCCAGGGAAAUGGCCAACAAAAGUAGUGAUAGCCUGAUAAGAGCAAAGUUUAGUGCGCUAGGUGAAGCUCAAGGAGCAACAGUCUAUGCAUGGAUGAAGACCAAUACCGCUUAUCUAGCAGUCAUUGGCAAGACUGACCUCAAAAUGAACGAAUCACUCAUAAACCUGCUUCUCGCCUCGUGUCCUUCCCCUGCUAACUCAGGACAGUCUCCCACAAUCUACAUAGCAUCCAGAGAACCAAGCUUCUCUGUUGGGAGUUCUCUAGGUGGUGGAGAGACAGGAGUAUCAAGCAAACAAGUGGAAGGCUAUUGGAAAGAUGCAGAUCUGGUACUUAGCCUGCCAGGUCAAGGUGAGGCAACAAGAGCGCUCUUACCAAUAGAAGAUCAGUGGACUGAAGCUGAUGUGAAAAGACUUGUUAGACAAGAGGAAUGGAGACAGCUGGAACUUGAAUGGCUCACAAGUGUCAGGAAGACGGUGGUGACCUUAGCUUCAAAGUCCCCUGGCCUCAUUGUGCAUGUCUCUGAAGGGCGACCCUCUCAUUUGUAUGGAAAGGAGAUCAUGUAUCAUUCAGUGACCUUUGUACAUUCUUCCAACAUCCCUCAAGAAACGCUUGCCAAAAGUAGGCACGAGUAA